AUGGCGCCCCAUCGUCGGCGCCAUCAAGUCCGGUGUCUGAUUUCGGGCGCCUCCGCCGGAUCGGUCAUCUUCGCCGCCGCUGUUCUGAUUCUUCUACUCCUGGCACUUCUCUCCUUCCUCGCCCCUCCGCUCCUCGACCAUCCUUCCUUCCCCAGCUAUGGCCAUCAAAGCCGUGUUGGUCGACACUCGUUGAUUCUGGUAAUGUCAUCCAUGUCAUUCCCUUCCCCAGCAUACUGCUUCUGCAAAAAAAUCGGCGACAUUCACCCGUGUUCUAUGGUCUUCUUUCGCUUUUCUUUAGCCCGGUGGAAGCACCAAAACCGCAAGGGACACCGUCGGGGAUAGGAUUUUUCAAGUACCGGUUCGAUUCUUUCCACAUAACUUUUGCUUAUUCUUUUCACUAUGAAGCACUCUCUGAAAUUAUCCCCGCAUUUUUGUGCGCAGAACGUUGGUGGGAGCUUGUUGCAAGAUCUGUGGGGUUCGAAGAUAUCCAAGUAUUUCUAUGGCUGCAGUAACGCCAGUAGUAAAUUUCCAAGUGCGUGGUUUAACUUCAUAUGCAUUCGUUUUGGUUCUUUACUAGGAGAGCGGACACAGAUAAUGCUUCUAAGCUACUGGGCUCUUCUCAACCGUUUCAUCUUUACAUUGACGGUCUGUAUGUGUUCAUUCUUUUCGUUCUUUUGUGUCUGUGAAGGUUCGUAGGGAGCUUUAGGCUCUUUUUCCCUUUUCUUCUUUGUUGUCUUGCGGCACGAAGUAGCUGUCAGCAGAAGGGAUAUUCUUGUGAUUUAUUUUAUUUUUACCAUUUCAAGUGAAGAACUUUAUUCUUUGAAUGCUCUUUUCCUUGUGGGAAAACUCUUUUCUUUAAUGUUUUUCUCAUUAUUCAAUAUGAGAUUACCAAUCCAUGGUUUCCUCACUUCAGCAGCGCAGGAUGUAACACAUUCCAAAAGGUUCUUGAUGAUUGCUACAAGUGGAGGCUUAAAUCAGCAGCGGACAGGGGUAGGUUCGGUUGUCCACUUAUUCGCAUGGAUACCAUCUCCUCUAUCCAAUCAAAAAUGCAGCUCUCCUUGAUGAUAGCUGUGAAACCAGGACGCAUUUAUCGGUUUUUGUUUCAAAGUUAUUAAUACACAAUAAUUUAUUGGGAUUAAAUUUUUAUGAUGAUGAUGAUGAGUGUACAUACUCCUUUCAAAUAAUUCAGUGGAACCGACAAGACAACCAUCCUUUGAGUGGUUAAAUACAAUUAACCUCUCCUUUGCUUUUUCGAGAAAGAGACAGAGAGCCAGGAGAUAUAUAUAUAUGUGAUGCGUUCUGGUAUCCGGUGUUUUAAAUUUACAAUUAUGAUUUUCUCAGGACAGUCUGAGUUAUUUUCCCUGGUAAAUACCUGCAGUCAAGACCAACUAGUUUUCCAAGCGCAUUGAAAUGCUGUAUACACGAUUCUCCUUUGCUUUACUUUGCCCUGUUAUCCAUGCUCUCUGAUUGAACUUACGUUAUUCUUGCUUAAGGAAGAAUUAUGUUUGUCAUUUACUUAGUUUAUCUAGUGUCCCGCUGUCUUUUUUUCUUGCACCUAGCUCGUCCCAUCACUACUGCUAAUUGCGAUUCUUCCAUCAUAUCCACUUUCCUAACAGUCGAUCUAUAUCUAAAUCAGUGGUUGAUAACUUUGAACCUGAUGGAUGAAUUUUUAAUAAAUUUAUAGAAGCACAAUUUUCCUUGAAAAGUGAACAAUUACCUCUCGAUGGCUUGGUUCAUGGCUCAGCUGAUGAAUAGUGCUAUAAUGGUGGCCAUUGACAUGUUCUUUCUCGAACAUGCAAAAAGCCUUCACUGAAACAUGCGUACAUUGUGUUCUGACGAACAUAAAAGUGUGAUACCUUUUCAUCUGUGGUUCAGGAGUUCAUUAAGAGAGAUUACUUUACGAACACCUGAGAGUUGUUCUAUUGUUUCUGAAAAUUUCUCCAGGUUCUUGCUUUCUAUACGUACUUGUUUUGGCCAUAUUGUAACACCUAGAAUCAUAUAUCUAUAGUUCUAUAUACUCGUCUUUUGUAUGUUGAUAUAUAGUUAAUAUGUAGUUAAUUGUAUAUUACGACAUUGAAACUCUUAUUAUGCGUAUUGUGUGGUAUUUAUUUGGAUUUUCAUUUUUGAUUUUCGGCUUUCAUCCAUCCCUUUUUGUGAAAAUCGGUUUGUUUCUAUACUUGCAGUUCUAUGGUAUAGAUCCUGUGUGAAUGUCCAUAUUGUAAUCAUGUUGACUAUUUUAAAUGUAUAGAAGGCACGUGUAAGUUUGAAUGCAUUCAUUAUGAUCAAUGCCUAAUGCAGCAUCACUUGGAGUUAGUGGAUUUUUAAAGUAUUUUCACGUGAUUUUUAUCGUACAGGCAUAUUUGUACUAUCAAUUUGAUGAGUUGGUGUGCAUGCUGAAUGUUCAAAUGUGUGAACUUUCUGAACCACCAAGAAAACCUAACCUGGUUUGCUCACGAAAUUUGCACCUUUUCUGGUCUACAGAUAACAGAUGCUGUUGUUGCAGCACGUAUUUUGAAUGCAACACUUGUUGUUCCUAAGCUGGACCAGAAAUCAUUUUGGAAAGAUUCUAGGUGGGUUUCUAAACGGUCAUCCAUAUCUAUCUGAGCAGAUGGCAGGGAUUUCUCUCAUUCAACCUGUUUUUCUUUGAAAUGGCGGAGGAAAAUUGUUGAAAACAAAAAACCCACCAAAAACCAUGGUUUUGGGGCAUCCACAAUUUUCUAAUUGCUUAUAGUUCUUAUACUUCUAGUGUCAAGAACAUGUGAUCCGGGUUAUGUUUCAUGCAGCAACUUCACGGAAAUAUUUGAUGUUGAUUGGUUCAUAUCAUCUCUUUCGAAAGAUGUAAAGAUUAUAAAGGAGCUCCCAAAACGUGGUGGAAAAGCGUUUGCCAGUCCACAAACAAUGCGCGUUCCUAGGAAGUGUACUCCAAGAUGUUAUCAAAAUCGUGUUUUACCUGUUCUUCUGAAAAGGCAUGUAAGUGUUCAGAUUUCUGGUAUCUUUCCUUCUCACUGGGUACUUCAUUCUAAUCUCGGUGGACCAGAAACAACAUCAUCCACUUCAUUCUAAUCUGUAUAUAUAUAUAUAUAUAUAUAUAUACAGAUAGAUAUAUGUAUAUGAAUUAACCUCCUCCUGAGGUUGAGUCAGCCGAAAGUGUCACUUUUGAAAAGCACAGCGGUCCACAUGCCACAAAUUGUUGACUUCUGGGCUCAUAGGAAGCCCAAUCAUGAGCCCACCAGAAAGCCCAUGAGUUAGAUAUUAGGCUGCCCGGCUCUUGACUUAGCAGAAAGUCCACUUCUUCAUGCUUUCAGAUGCUGAGUCAUCACCUACUUCUUGGCUCCGUUGAUGUGGAAACGGGCUGAUUUUCUUCACUACAAACAUCAUGAAGCCGUGCCCUCAACGUCUUUUCUCUCCAGGUCGUCCAGCUCACGAAGUUUGACUACAGACUUGCCAACAAGUUGGACACAGAUCUGCAGAAGCUGAGAUGUCGGGUCAACUACCAUGCCCUGAAGUUCACGCAUCCCAUACAAGCAAUGGGUGACCUGCUGAUCGAGCGAAUGAGAAUGAGAAGCCAUCACUUUAUUGCCUUACAUCUGAGGUGAAGAUGUGCUUGAUUAUAAUCUCAAAUCUUUCCGCUCCCUUCAUUCUUGCUUCACAAAAUUUCCUGAAACAGUAACUCUCCGUCCUUGAAACUCUCAUAGAUUACUGACUGAGAGAGCUGUGCUUUCAUCUCAGGUUUGAGCCCGAUAUGCUCGCCUUCUCUGGAUGCUAUUAUGGCGGCGGAGAGAAGGAGAGGAAAGAGCUCGGUGCGAUAAGGAAGAGGUGGAAAACCCUGCAUGUAAGAUGGCUUACUGAAUCUGAAACCGUCUAGUCUGAUGUCGAGAGAAACGUUCUAAAAAUGGUGCCUGGUAUCUGUGCCAUGGAAAUGUCUCUGUAGAUCACCAACCCAGAGAAGGAAAGGAGACACGGGAAGUGCCCGUUGACCCCAGAGGAGGUCGGCCUGAUGCUGCGAGCGCUGGGGUUUGGCAGGGACGUCCACCUCUAUGUGGCAUCUGGCGAGGUUUACGGAGGUGAGGAGACGUUGGCCCCUCUGAAGGCGCUCUUCCCCAACAUCCACUCCAAGGAGACUCUCGCCAGUGCGGAGGAGCUCGCCCCCUUCUCCCGGUUCUCUUCCCGGAUGGCCGCCCUGGACUUCAUCGUCUGCGACGGAAGCGACGUCUUUGUUACCAACAACAACGGGAACAUGGCCCGGAUGCUGGCCGGCAGAAGGUAAUCAUAUCAUCCCGAUAAACCCAAAUUCCAGCUAUCAUUAAUCUCUAUAAUCCUUGGCAAUUGAUCUUGAAUUGGCUUUAUUAGAUAGAACAACUAAAACCCGCGAUUAAAAUUUUUGGGUUCUUUAAACGCUCUCUCUCUCUCUCUCUCUCUCUCUCUCUCUCUCUCUCUCUCUCUCUCUCUCUUUCUCUUGUUCAGGAGGUACUUUGGGCACAAGAGGACGAUCCGGCCAAAUGCAAAGAAGCUCUACUCCCUGUUCCUGGGCCGGGCGAACAUGACUUGGGAGGCCUUCGCCGCCAGGGUGAAAACCCACCAGAAGGGCUUCAUGGGCGACCCCAAGGAGGUGAGGCCCGGCCGGGGCGAGUUCCACGAGAACCCAUCCCCCUGCAUCUGCGAAGCCCCCGAGGCCCAGCUUCUGCUCCCCCACUCCCCACAGAAGCGCCGGAGAGAAGCCGGCAAGAUCAAAGUGGAGAUUCCGGUCGCCGUCGCAGAGCCGGCGGAGGAGGAGCCGGAGCCGCUUAACCUGGAUUACGAGGAGAUGGAGGGACAGGCGGCGCCGCUCAACGGGACCCUGGUGGAGGAGGACGACGAGGAUGAGCUGUUGACCAGGGCAGGUUACAUUGAUCUGGAGGAGAGGUUCUCGGACUAG